AUGCGUACAAACUAUUGGCCGUCGCGUGGAUUACAGCCCAACGACAGCUCAUUCACGACAACACGUGUUCCCGAACUCAAUGGCAAAGCAGUUAUGACUUCNCAGCCCAACGACAGCUCAUUCACGACAACACGUGUUCCCGAACUCAAUGGCAAAGCAGUUAUGACUUCAUUGUUGUCGGCGCCGGAACUGCCGGUGCGUGAUUGGGUUUAUUAUAACGAGCCAAACAAACUGUAUGGCAAACAGUACGCCGGGGGACGGGUUAAAGAAGUGACCGGUAAGACAUUGGGCGGCAGUUCGUCGCACAACGGCAUGGGUUUUAAUCGGGGUAAUCGUCGCGGUACUUACGCGGCAGACUUACGGCGCCGUCGAGAAACAGACAUUAAUGGCCCGAUUCAGACCGGAUAUACGCAAUCGCAACUGUUUAUUAACUCGUCGGGCCUGAGGUCGGGAACGGGUACUAUGUUUAUAGACCCGAACCCAUAUCCAGAUAACCUGCAUAUAGUGUGCAAAGCAUUGGUCACUAAAAUACUGUUCAAUGGGUUGACAGCCAUUGGCGUCGAGUUUAUAGUGAAUGACAUCUCGUAUACGGUUUAUGCCAACAGAGAAGUCAUUGUUUCCGCCGGUUGUCCCGACUGUCCGGACAAACAGUAUUUGUAUGAAUGCGUUGAGGGAUUGAAGUGUUUUAUUAAAUACAAUACAAACUCUGGUGAUCACCCGACGGGCACCUGUCGUAUGGGUGCGAUAGAGAGGUCGGACGUUGUGGUCGACCCCCAGUUGAGGGUUAAGGGGGCCAACAAUCUAAGGGUUUGCGACGCCUCUGUGUUUCCCGUUAUACCCAACGCUAACACCGUCUCCGCAGCGAUACUCACGGGCUAUAAAUGCGCGCAAAAUAUUAAAUCAGAUUAUAAUUUAUAA